AUGCAGCUUCAUAAUGCUCUUUAUGAGAGAUUUACAAAAGCAAAUCCGCAGUACUUUGACUAUGUUAUUAAAGUUUUAUUGAAAGAAGCCAUAGCAUUGAUGUAUGGGAAAGUGGCUAACUUGUCACGGAUGGAGGUAGACAGUUCCAUUGGAAAAUAUUCUAAAUUAUAUUUUUCUAGAGAUGAGGAAAUGAACGAGUCAACUUCUGAUGAAGAAACCUCAUCAAAAACUUUCAAAGAUAUGGUUUUAGAAGGUUUGAAGAGAAGAGAAAAACGUUUAGAACCGGCAGCAAACCUAAUAGGACCCUCUGAAACAAUGAGAAAGAAACAAUGUAGAGAAGUAAGCCUUAAAGACACCAGAAGUCAUGGAAAGAAUGGCAGUGGUUCGUCAGAGCCCUACAACGCCAAUUCUGAAAAGGAACAUUCACCAACCACCAAUCCUCGAUAUUUAAACGAAGCAAUCAGUAGAAAACAAAGUUCCACAAUUCUUGUUGGAGUUAUCGAAGCAAUACCAUCUGCAUCGCUUUUGAGAAUCACAGAUGGUACAACAAAAGCAGCGAUGCUUCAAUUUCCAACGGAUUAUCACCAUCUUGUUGGAAAUAUACAAUCUGGUGACCUUUUGCUUGUUGUCGGCGUAUUUUUUGAUGAAAACAGAGUAGGGAGAAUGAAGAAAAGUAGUAAAAUAUCAAAAUUCUCAGUGUCAUCGAAGCCAUUUCCAAAUGAAUGGAAUAAAAAUGUAAGCGUGGACCGGUUGGAACGCCUACAUGGAUAUCUAGUAAAUACGUAUGAAAUUCUUGUUCCUGUUAGUCAGCAAAGUUCAUGGGAGAUACUGCUUUUAGAAGAAGAAGAUCCUGUUUUUUGCAAAGUUGUUGUAGAGACGGAAAAGGAACCAGAUACUGUGAAAGAACAUGAUUUAAACUCUUCUACAUCUGAAUACGCCCCAACUUUAAGCAGUGACGAAGAAGCCUUGAAUGCGUUAAUUUGCUCUGCUCCAUACUGCUAA